AUGCCUGCCAAGCGCAAGGCGACUGACAGCGGUCGGUCAAGCAGCGCUUCGAAGCGACCUACACCGGUGCCGGAUGCCACUGACAUCUCCAGCAGCGAUGAAUACUCGGACCCGGACGAUGGAGAUCUGCCGGAGGAGCAUAACCUGAAAGAGGUCGUUAGCAAGUUCUCGCUCGCCUCAUUCAGCAAGCGAUCGCAGGUGAACAAAACCGAUCCCAGAUUCGGCUACAAAGACCUUUCUUCCCUGCCCCUCAAGCCCGACCACUAUAAUCGCCCUCUAUGGAUCGAGCCGGUGAAAGGCACGAUCACUCUCGAGAGUUUCAGUCCCCUGGCGCCCCAGGCUCAAGAUUUCUUAACCACCAUCGCGGAACCGCUUUCUCGUCCGACCCACCUCCACGAAUAUCGACUGACUGGCCACAGUUUAUAUGCGGCUGUGUCGGUGGGUUUGAAACCACAGGAUAUCGUCGCUUUUUUGGACCGCUUGUCGAAGACACCUCUACCAGAAAGCAUUAGGACCUUCAUCAUCGAAUUCACCAAAUCUUACGGUAAAAUCAAGAUGGUCCUGCGACACAACCACUACUACGUGGAAACGACAGACCCCGAAAUGCUGCAACGACUUUUGAAAGAUGAGGUCAUUGGUCCGCAAAGGAUUGAGAGCACGGAGGGUAUUAUCGAACGAGCGGCUCCAAAGAUGGGAGGUCUUGUUAUUCCUGGAACGAAAGAUGCGGCCGGUAUUCGAGAGACUGGUAAUCAGCAGGAGCCCGCUGCGGCGCUCCGGGAUGAGAAUCAAGAGCAAGCAAUGGACUACGGAAUCGACGAUGUUGGAGAGGACGAUAACGAAGAAGCCACAACCUACAGUUUCGAGAUUCCUCCUGCUGGUGUCGAAGUCGUCAAAGCCCGCUGCCAAGCGAUUGGGUGCCCUGCUCUGGAGGAGUACGAUUUCCAAGGCGAUACUGUCAACCCCAAUCUCGACAUGGAUUUGAAGCCUGCUGCCAGAAUUCGUUCAUACCAGGAGAAGAGUCUCAGCAAGAUGUUUGGUAACGGACGUGCCAAAAGUGGUAUCAUCGUUCUUCCGUGUGGUGCUGGUAAGACCUUGGUCGGCAUUACUGCAGCAGCAACUAUCAAGAAGGGUACAAUUGUGCUCUGCACCAGUUCCAUGUCGGUGGUCCAGUGGCGUAACGAAUUCUUGCGAUGGACCACCAUCGACCCGAACGACAUCGCCAUCUUCACAUCUGAUCACAAGGAAAAAUUUAAACGGUCUACUGGAAUUAUUGUGUCCACUUACUCAAUGGUGUCACAGACCCGAGCGCGUUCCUACGAUGCUCAGAAAAUGAUGGACUGGCUUCAGUCUCGUGAAUGGGGUAUGAUGAUUCUUGACGAAGUUCACGUCGUUCCCGCGUCUAUGUUCCGUAAGGUCACAUCCGCGAUUGCUGCUCAGAGCAAACUCGGCCUUACCGCGACCCUACUGCGUGAAGAUGACAAGAUUAAGGAUUUGAACUUCUUGAUCGGACCGAAGCUGUAUGAAGCGAACUGGAUGGAGCUUGCUGCACAGGGCCACAUCGCCAAGGUUCAAUGUGCCGAGGUGUGGUGCCCCAUGACUACUGAAUUCUACUCGGAAUAUCUGCGAGAGAGCUCAAGGAAACAGGCUCUUCUCUACAUCAUGAACCCACGCAAGUUCCAGGCUUGCCAGUUCUUGAUUGAUUUCCACGAGAAGCGUGGCGACAAAAUCAUUGUCUUCUCCGACAAUGUCUACGCAUUAGAGCGCUACGCGCUCAAGCUGAACAAGGCGUAUAUUUAUGGUGGAACUCCACAGAACGAGCGAAUGCGUAUCUUGGAGAAUUUCCAGCACAACGAGCAGGUCAAUACCAUCUUCCUGUCCAAGAUUGGUGACACAUCACUGGAUCUGCCCGAGGCUACAUGUCUCAUCCAGAUUUCGUCUCAUUACGGUUCGCGUCGUCAAGAGGCACAGCGACUGGGUCGAAUCUUGCGAGCCAAGCGCCGAAAUGAUGAGGGCUUCAAUGCCUUCUUCUACUCUCUCGUUUCCAAGGACACUAGUGAGAUGGUGUAUUCUGCCAAACGACAGGCUUUCCUGAUCGACCAAGGCUAUGCCUUCAAGGUUAUCACCCACCUUCAGGGCAUUGAUAACUUCGAAGGGCUGUCUUAUGCCACACCCGCGGAGCGUCGAGAGCUCCUCCAAGAAGUCAUGCUGCAGAACGAAUCCUCCGCGGACGUGGAACAGGUCACAGAUGAUCUUUUCUCGAUGCGGUCUGCAGGCAAGCGCGGCGGGAAGAGGCCAACCGCGAAACGAAGCGCAGCCACUCUCAGCGGCCUCGCUGGUGGCGAUGAUAUGGCUUACAUCGAAUAUAACAAGAGCAAGAAUAAACAACUCAAGGACAAGGGCGGUCAUCACCCGCUCUUCAUGAAGAUGCGGCGGCAACGCGAACGUGCGGCGAAGGAGAGGGAGUCAGCUAAGCCCUAA